GAGUAAGCCCGUAUAUUUCAUGGAUUUAGAUUUUACUAAGUAUGAUGACUUCUCGUAGUUUUGUUUUUAUGAUUUCCAGCUUUCGCGUACUAUUUUUGGUUGUUGGAAUUGAGAGUCGGAAUUUCAAUGGAUUUAUGGAGUGGCUGCAGGAUGAGGGAGGACACUUGUCUGGUGACGUGACGAUAGAAGAGUGUGGAGAGAUGGAAUUCGGAAUUAAAUGUGUCAACGGUUUGGAUAAGGGUCAUCGAGUUGCACACAUUUCCCUCUCUUCUUUGAUCAACAUAGAGCAUGCUGUCACAUCAGCCACUGCAGGACCCGUCCUCGAUGAGCUGUCGUACUUGACUGACACAAAUGCCAUGGCUUUGUUUGUGGCUUACGAGAGACAGCGAGGAGAUUCACGGUGGCAACCUUUUCUCAAUAUAAUGCCAACAAGAUUUGCAACGUCUCUGUUUAUGACAAAAAGCGAUGAAGAAGAACUGAAAGGAUCAACAUUUUUGGAGUUUGCUAGUCGAAGGAACAACGCUGUUGACAAGGUGUACAGGAGAUUAUCUCAACACCUGAUGGAUAUGUUUCCCCACUUCUUUCCUUCAUUGACUCGAGGUGAUUUUCUUUGGGGACUAUCAGUGCUGUGGAGUCGAACUCACAGAGUUGGAGUGAGGGAUCAUGAGGGAAAUUGGCAACACGUGCCUUGUCUCGUUCCUGUUGCCGACAUGUUUAAUAUGGCUGCAAAUGAAGACGAUGUCAACAUAGAAUGCAAGACAAAUGAUGAAUCAACGCACUUUGAGUGCUACACUACAAAACCCGUAUCCAACAAUUCACAGCUUCUUGUGAUGUAUGCAACCGAUCCAAUGCAGAGGCACAACGGUCGGCUUUUCAUGGACUAUGGAUUUGUGUUGGAAGACAAUCCGUAUGACAGUGUGACUGUGGAGAUGCCAAAGAUUGAUGCCGAUGAUAAAGAUGCCAAGUUAAGGGCAACGGUGUUGGCAUGGAUUCCAGCUGUGGCAUCGUCGGUGUUGCACAUGCCAAGGUUGAAUAGUUCAAGUGUGAUGACUUCAGAAUUGAUGACUGUCAUGCGAUGUUUGACAAUGAGAAAAGAGAGUCUCCAAGAAAUCAUCAAAGCUCGUUCCAUAGAGCCAUCAUCUCAUCAAGACAUCAAGAGAAUCAACCAGCUACCACCACCAGACGAGCUGCAAGCUCUUACCAAAGCAAUAUCUCACCUUCACACAGCACUUAACAAAUACACAAUAACAGUUGAAGAAGACAAAGAAAUCCUUCUGGAAAAGAGUGAGGCCCUUACGUUAGUUGUACGUAAUAUUGUCAUCUUACGUAAAGAAGAGAAGAGAAUAUUACGUCACAACUUGCAUCAUUUAGAGCAACAUAUGAUACGAAUCAAACGCUGGUUUAGUAAUGAAUUAUGAAGUCAUAUUUUUGUAUUUAUUUUAGGUAAUUAAAUAGUUUUAAUAUUGAAGUAAUUUAUGAUACAUACAGGGUGUGUCUAUAGCUGAUGGUUUGUGUAGACAUCUGAUUGAAAUGCUGGUAGUGGUUUUUAGAAUGAUCGAAUAUUGAUGUAAUGGGUUUGGACAACUUGUGGGUUUUUUUGUUAGGUGUGUAUGUGUAACAGGUUUAGGUUA